AUGAAGCACACAACGGGAAUUCACAGUUGCGAACCAUUGACUAUGCGAUGUAAAGGUGUCUUCCAGUUAAAUGAAGAGAUUACUGCACUGCGUAGGGGUGACAAUGCUCGGGUAGCAUACCGUUCUGAAAAAGUUGUCGAAGGAGGAUUAAUCACGUGCAUUCCUUUUGUAAUCGUCGACGAGAGUGGUGAAGGGGACUUACUAUUGGGUCGCUUUUACGAAAUGGAAGGUGCGAUUGUAAUGGACAACUUCACCGCCCGACAACUGUUCUUCGUAGACCGGAAACUGCUUCUCCCGAAACGGCCCGCGAGUUCAUUAAUGCCGUUGGAUGUCGACAUGGUAGAGUUUGAAAAUCGAGGCGUUGUUCUGUCGAAUCUCAGAGCCAGCGUUGAACCAGGGACAGAGAAUUUCUACGUAAUGUGUAUAAAACAUCGGCAAUGGAAUAUUACGACAUUGACUUGGGUAGACUUCCGUGCCGAGUACAUUUACGAUAUCUCGAAAUUUGGCAGCGACAAGGCGGGGAUUCUGUCUGUUGGAAAUGUUAUAGAUGUAGGCGGUCACGGCGUAAGUUGGUCUGAUUGGCAGGGCGGUUGGAUUAUUAUGGCACAGAGUACUUUUGCCCAUCCAAGCAUUGCACUUCAUCUACCAUCGAUAAUAUAUAUCAAACUAUCGUUUUCACUAAGCAUCAUUCUUAUGAUAAUGGAAGACGGUGAUCAGUCAAAAACCGACCAGGGUUUACAAAACAGAAGUAACUCGGGCGAAAAAGAUGUAGCUAAGGAGAAAGUUGGACAUAGAAUAUCGAGCGAUAAUAGCCCGCGCGUAGAAAAUCAUAUCACAACGAUGAUAGAAGACAGACUGCAUGUUGGAAAUGUAGAAUUGCAAUCUCGAGGUCUACCGCAUGUCAACUGGGUAGCGGACCGGGGAGACGAAGGAAUCGCAAAGUGA